UCGAGAGCUCCCGGCCGCCCGAGCUCGCAGCGCCUGGGGAAUUGGGCUGUGGGCGAGGCGGCCGGGGCUGGCCUUUAUCGCUCGCCCCGCCGGUGGUUUGAAACUUUAUCAGCGAGUCUCGCCACUCGCCGCAGACGCGCAGGGGGCGGGGGCGCGGCGAGGCGCCUGCGGCCGUGACGAGGCGCUCCCGGCGCAGAGCGCUUCUGCUCGGGGCACGCAUGGCGCCCGCACACGGAGUCUGACCUGAUGCGGACGCAAGGGGGCUAAUAUGAACGCCCCUCUCAGUGGAAUCUGGCCCUGGCUCCCCCUGCUCUUGACCUGGCUCACCCCUGAGGUCAGCUCUUCAUGGUGGUACAUGAGAGCUACAGGUGGCUCCUCCAGGGUGAUGUGCGACAAUGUGCCAGGCCUGGUGAGCCGCCAGCGGCAGCUGUGCCACCGACACCCGGACGUGAUGCGCGCCAUCGGCCUGGGCGUGGCCGAGUGGACUGCAGAGUGCCAGCACCAGUUCCGCCAGCACCGAUGGAACUGCAACACCCUGGACAGAGAUCACAGCCUCUUUGGCAGGGUCCUGCUCCGAAGUAGUCGGGAAUCUGCCUUUGUUUACGCUGUCUCCUCAGCGGGAGUUGUGUUUGCCAUCACCAGAGCCUGUAGCCAAGGAGAAUUAAAAUCCUGUUCCUGUGAUCCAAAGAAGAAGGGAACCGCCAAGGACAGCAAGGGCAAUUUCGACUGGGGUGGCUGCAGUGAUAACAUUGACUAUGGGAUCAAAUUUGCCCGAGCAUUUGUGGAUGCCAAGGAAAGGAAAGGAAAGGAUGCCAGAGCCCUGAUGAACCUUCACAACAACAGAGCCGGCAGGAAGGCGGUAAAGCGGUUCUUGAAACAGGAAUGCAAGUGUCACGGUGUGAGUGGCUCGUGUACUCUGAGGACAUGCUGGCUGGCCAUGGCCGACUUCAGAAAAACAGGCGAUUUCCUCUGGAGGAAGUACAACGGGGCCAUCCAGGUCGUCAUGAACCAGGAUGGCACUGGUUUCACUGUGGCUAACAAAAGGUUUAAGAAGCCAACAAAAAAUGACCUCGUGUAUUUUGAGAAUUCUCCAGACUACUGUAUCAGGGACCGAGAUGCAGGCUCUCUGGGUACAGCAGGCCGUGUAUGCAACCUGACUUCCCGGGGCAUGGACAGCUGCGAGGUCAUGUGCUGCGGGAGAGGCUACGACACUUCCCAUGUCACCCGGAUGACCAAGUGCGAGUGUAAGUUCCACUGGUGCUGUGCCGUGCGCUGUCAGGACUGUCUGGAGGCCCUGGACGUGCACACAUGCAAGGCCCCUAAGAGCGUCGACUGGGCGGCUCCGACAUGACCCCAGAGGAGGCCUCGAUCCACCUUCCCUUCGGCAAGGACUCCAUUGGAUCUGCAAGGACACUGGGCCUUUGGGUUUUCUUGGGGAGAUGUUUCCUAUGGCGUGUAAUCUUUGUCUCAACACAAGUCCUUCCUCUCCCCUCCAGGGGCCCAGAAACGGGGCCACAUGUUGCACAUAAAGCAUGCCUUAUUCUCCCUGCCUUCCAACAUUCUGGGGCACAUCUCUUCCUGGUCAGGGCAGACUGCUAGGAGGGGAGGGGCCAGCCACAUCACUGUCUCCACCCACCUAGAUGUUUCCUCUUUCUAGAGAGGCUGGCCAGAGGGGAAAAGAGUGUCCCAAAGGAGCUUUCUCUGGGUCUCUCAAUAAAUGCUCAUAGUUAAAAAAUUCCAUACUUCUCUCAGGAGGGUAAGGACAGCAGGACCAACUGCCACUGAAUUAACUUUAAAUCCUGAAAAGACCAAGCCAGGUUUUUCCUGAUCAAGUGAUUUUCACAGCCACCAUGUCCAGGGGUAAUUGGUAACUGCCCAGAGAAAGAUGGCCUUCGAUGAACUUUAGGUUUAAGAUGCAUAUUUUUCAAAACAUAUGUUGCCAUAUUAAAAUUUGACAUGACAAGAUGGGAUUGUUGUUUCUUGGUACAGUUCUGGAAUCUUUACAAUAGUAAGAGCCUCAGAAAGUCACUGCUUUGCAUUACUGUCACCUUAAUAUAAAGAAGCUUUAGGGAUCUCACUUAGGAUCUGAAGGGAAUUUAAAAGAAAGAGUGAUGAUCUGGCAGUAUUCUGACCUACCGGGGGAAGGAGGAGAAUAACAGCGAGUGAAAAUCAGAAAACAAGUCUGUACAGAUAAGGAGAAAAGGGGGAAUAAAAUUUCUGUCUGGUAUGAUGCAUGUGACCCAUGGAAUUUUGUAGUUGCAAUGGCCUUGAGAAUGAUGACUUUCGGGAUGACAAGUCUAGGCAGCCAACAUGCUGACAGAGAGAUUUCCAGAGGUAAGUCACGCCUACAAGGCCUUCACUGUGAGCAGAUGCCCAAAAGGUCGGCCACAUGUGCCAAGGAGUAUCAGUUUAUAUCCAUCGCCCUUCGAGCACAUUUUAAAGACCUGUCAUAUGUAAUUGUGUUCAUCUGAGACUGACAAGAUGACAAGAUAACGAUAGCCUCAAGCAAGUGACACACAGCCUUGCUUAUAAAGUCGGUAACCCUAGUAUAUUAUAUUGCAAACAAAUCGUAAUUUGGAGACUCUACUUAAGGGACCCCACUGUAAUUAUGGGAACAUCAGUGUGCAGAUUGUGGCCGGCUUCUGCCAUGAGCCGAAAGAUGACAUCCAGGGAAAGUGGAGAGGCUGCCGCCCCGUUUUGCAUAAGUGAAAGGAGCGAUAUCUGAAGUUACUUCUCAUCUGCUCAGUACAAUUAGGUCUGGUUCCAAAUAUGGUCUCUUUGCCAACUACAACUUAUUAACAGGAUGCAGCAUUCUAUGCCUCUGGUGUCACGUUGAUGUUUGCUCAUUCGUCCAUAGCCUGGCCCUCGGUUUCUCCAUCCUUGCUCUGCCGCAGUUUAGACUGCGGCUCACAGACACCAACCUGCUGAGGUGCUUGGUCAUAAUUGAUACCUCCUGCUUUCGUAAAAAUGACAGAAUUUAUUUCCUUUCUCUCGCUCUUCAGAAUUAGUCAUCUGAUUUUCCCGAAGUCGUUCUUUCCUCUCUGUGUUCUACGGAUUCAGAAGCAGGAAGGGUGGAGCGUGACAGAGUUGCUCACAGCUCAGCGGGCCCUUCGGUGGGGCAUGGGAUGGGGGGCAGGUGGGCUCAGUCUUCGUUACACUGAAGCUGUCUUUGAGUGCCCUCCUGGGGCCUGGGGGGCCUUCCAUGGCGGUCCCACAGCCACCAGCCCUUCUGCCUGCUGGAUGCAGUAUGAAAUCACAAAUCCAUCGGUGUACUUGGAAAAGGAAAGGAUCGAAGUAGACAUCUCAGCAGCUAUCAGUUUGUAUCUGGGGAACCUGAGGCUGACAGAGGUGAAGAUCUCUGUGCAAAUAUCUGCCAUUGUCCUCAAGCCCCAUCACGAAUAGGACCAUGUGCUCAGAGUAGUCAGGAAAGCUAAGCACUUUAUCUAGUUUGUCUUAGAAUUAACACAAGUGGAUUCUAAAUAAUUUUAGCAUUCAAAGGGGAUGGUCAUUAUCUCUUUUAAUUCCUGGGAUGUUUUGAUCUGGCUUUGUUUUCUUGUGGGGAUGCAUCCUGCUUGAUAAGGAGCAAGGGGACAAGGCAUAUCCAUAUAGGAACUUGAAGAAAUUUCCCUAAUCUGUAAGGGGGACUCUGACACUAGUCUCAAAUGCAAGUAGGUAUGGCCAUUAGGGAGAGUGUAAUAAGAGAGUGAAAGAUUCCUAUCUAUUUUCAAAUAGAGGAAAUUUCCACUGAAAAUUUGAAAAAAAAAAUUUUUAAACAGGUAAAGAUAAUUUCAAACCCAUUUUCUUUAGGGCUUGUUUGAGGAUCAGUAUUCUGUGAUUCUACGUUAUACUAAAGUCUUGAUUACCUAAGGCUUUUAAGGCAAUGUAUGGCAUAAAUUACCCAAAACAAAAUGAGAGACUCAAUUCAGUUCAGAUCCCUUCAAAAACUCCCUCCCAGUGAAAAUCUUAUUACAAAACAAAGUUUUCUAGGCCCAAGAUGAUGCCAAUUAAUGUUCUGCAAUGUCUUUAAAAGUUUCAACAGAACAGGAGAUCUUGACUAAUUCAGUGGAGUUUUCUACAAUACAGAUAUAAUCUGCAUGUGACUCUGAGUCUUAGCAAAUGUGUUGUCCUCAAUAAAUUUGCCUCCCUGCAUUGGUCUGUAUUUUGGAUGACUGUACCGGACCGAUCUUUGUACUCUGUGAGCACGCUUUGUUAAGGUACAUCCCAGUUCCAAUAUCUUGGGUAGCCUCUCACGCACAAGCUCCACACAAAGCCCCGCGUGCCAGGACCACGCUCAGCUGUGGGUCUUUGCCUCUCCAGGACGGAGGCCCUGGCAUACUAUUGGACCACAGAUGCUUUGGGACAGAGGCGGGAGAAUCAUAGGGCACCCCAAAAUACUGACUAUCUGCUCUCCCUUAUACGGAUGUCACCUGACUGAAAGGAACAUCCCAGAACAAUCUAUCAAACGGCAAUUUACUCUGUAUGGGGCUGGAUAAUGGGAGAAGGAUUGAGGGAAAGAGCCAGAUGGCUGCUGUCACGUGGCCGGCUGAGUGAGCAUGGUGCUGGUGAAGAGUGGCUUUUUCAGUUCUCGGGGGCGGUGGGGGGGUAACCUCCACCCUUCCUGCUGCCGUUGCCUCCCUGUCCCUUCCCAGCACCUAUUUCUCAAGGCAUCCAGAGGCCCAGAAGUGCAGGGCCUCGAGCCACUGCUCACAUUCUCCAUACCUGUUGUGUAGCUCAGCUCAAGGCUGUCAAGUUGUAAUAACCAUAUUCCUUUUUAUUGGAGUUAUUACAAAGCUUGAAUAACAUCAGGGAUCACGUUUCUUUCUCAAAGAAAGUAGCUUUAAAGUAAGAAAAUCUAGCUUCACAUUGACAUUCCUCAGCCUUAUUAAUUUAUUAAGGAAUCAUACAUCAACUCUACGAAACCUCAACUGGGGUUCCCUUAGAAGUAGCCAACAUGACCAUGCAUGCACUUGUCCUUAAUGGCAUUUUAGGUCAACAUAUUGUGAUUACUUCUCAUUUAUUAAAGGCUGGCCUGGAGCUGGUAUUGUCUCACUCAGCUGAAAAACAUUCAUCUCUCCUCUUGGCUGCUCUCAAAAUAAAGGCUCAGAGAGGUGUCCAAUAGACCAGAACCAUUCCUUUGUGUCUAUUUACUGUACUUCAACCCAGGUUUCCUUAUCUUAAGAGCAAGAAGUGUACUCUUAACAAAUAAACCGCACCAGUUCCAAAGCUGGUAAAUUGCUUUUGUCAGGUCUCUGCUGACCUUCUGAAAAACAAUCUGCUGGUGUAAGCUGACAAAGGCUUGCUUAUUUUGACCUUCUCCUUACCUAGGCAGAGGAAAUUUUCUUUCACUCAUCCAUGAGAAUGUUCUUUACAUUUUUCAGGGGAUCAGCAAGGUGACAGGUGGUUUGCAAAGCCCAACAUGAUUAUUAUUUUUCUAAAUCAUACUUGUUCCAACUCCAGUUUUUUUCCCUGAUAUUCACAUGAUUCCUGUUUAACCAAACCUCCCACAUCCAUGAGCUAAUAAAAGUGUCAUGCAGAUUGUUACAAAGAACUAUUGUUAUUUACAAGUCUACAUUUUCUGUGAAAUCAAAACAUAAUAAAGUGAAUUUUCAGUGUUGACUUUGUUAUUUUAAA